AUGUCUAGCAAUAGUACAUUUUAUUACUAUUUAUUUAUUGUAUUUCUAUCACUAUGUAUAUUUCAUACUCAUGUUGGUGACGCACAAUCAGUUCUACCAGAUGAUGAACUUCAAUCUGCCAUUUGGAUCAUUAGACAAUAUGGUUGUUCAUUUAUUACUCAAACACAAGCAGGAAUAUGUGGUUCUGCCUCUUUUACAUGUGAGGACACUCCAACAGGCUAUCACAUUGUAUUAAUUCAGAUAACAGGAGGACCAUAUGUUUAUUGUGGUGAUCCUCAGUCCAAUAUAACAACAUUUUCAUUCCCAGAGCUGACAACAGCCUAUAUUUUAACUGGCGCAGGAGUAUUCGACUCAGCUUUAAAUGUACUGGAUAAAUUACAAAAUCUUCCAAAACUUGGAUACAUUAGUAUUUCUGAUAUAAAUUUAAGGGUAUUUCCAACAUCAUUUCCUACAGGACUUCCAUUACUUAGAACGUUGGAUUUAAGUUUCGCUGGAACUAGUAUUCCUCCAAUCAUUGCGAUCGUUGAAAGUCCAUUGCUUACCGGAUUGUAUAUAAAGAGCCUUCUAUUAAACGACCUCUCCAGUCUCCCAUUGUGGGCAGUCCCAUCUCUCGACUCUAUCGAAUUGACGUUUGGUGCUCCCACAGUGCCAUUUGAAAUUAACAUUAAUCAAAAUUCAUUCCCUGUACUAAACUAUUUGUAUGUAAUUUAA